AUGCCAGAUAAACACAUUACAGAGAUAUCUGGGGAUGCACAAGCAGCAUCACCAGGUCCGUUGUUGACCAACGAAAGAGAUGAGGAUGAUAACGAACUACUUUCAGUAGGUGAAAGACUUCCCUACAAUGAAUACACAACGAUCGACUGGAUGCACGAGCUGAUCAAGGAUUCCACUCGUCAUCGGCAUCUCUCCUCAAAGAGCAGAGUGUUCGAAUCGCUGCAAGGGUGGCUAGCUGCAGCCCUCAUUGGAUUCUUCACAGCGGUAGUAGCGUAUAUUGUUGAUAUCACGCAAGCCUCUGUGUUCGACUGGAAAGAUGGAUACUGCUCCACGUCGCCGCUCUUAGAUAAGGGGCGUUGUUGCAAGGUAUUUGAUGAGCUUGAGGGUGGGUGUAGUGAUUGGAGGGAAUGGACGGAUGGUUGGGGUAAAGGACCAUUGUAUUUGGCUGUAGCAGUUUCGUAUGGAAUCUUGAGUGCUGGAUUAACAAUGACGACGAGGCAUGUAUUGCCAAGAGUGGAUUGCGAGAAAAAUGAGACGAAGAUUAUGUAUAUGGCUAGUGGCUCUGGAAUUCCGGAGAUAAAAACCAUUCUCUCGGGUUUUGUGAUCAAAGGGUUUUUAGGUUUUAGGGUUUUAUUUAUCAAAGCUACCGGAGCGGUUUUUGCUGUUGGGUCAGGGAUGUGUCUUGGGAAAGAAGGCCCGUUUGUGCAUAUAUCUGCGUGUGUUGGCAAUAUAGUUGCCCGGUUAUUCCCAAAGUAUAGAGAUAAUGCUCGUAAGCAGAGGGAGAUAAUAAGUGCAUCAUGUGCAGCCGGUCUGAGUGUAGCUUUUGGAGCACCUAUUGGAGGUAUGAAUUCUUGA